GGGAGAGAAUCCCAAACCAAAUGGCAACCUUCAAUCUAAAUUACAUUGGGUGCGUUACAUUAUGACCUAAGAAAACUCAAAAAAUAGGAGCAAAAAGAGGAGACUUUGGUCUUAUAAUUCCACCUUAUUAAUUAUUCAAAAUAAUAAACCACCUACUACUCUCUCAAAAACCCAACUCACAAGAACAUCAUCACUCUUCACUCUCACUUUCUCUCUCCUCUGCCCCUCUUUUUCUCUCUCAAAAUCAAUAAUGGUGAAAAGAAAGAGAGAUAAUAACAAGCCAAAAAAAGAACAAAAAGUUGUUCAACAAGUAGUAGAAGAAGAAGAAGCAGUAGAGUCUGAAGACUAUUGUUUUGUUUGCAAAGAUGGUGGUCUUCUCAUGGUUUGUGACUUCAAGGAUUGUGUGAAAGCCUAUCACCCUGAAUGUGUAGGAAAGGAAGAAACAACUGAAGAUACUGAAGACAAAUGGUUUUGUGGCUGGCAUCAUUGCCUUGUUUGCAAAAAGAGUUCGAAGUAUCGGUGUUUCUGCUGUCCCAAUGCUGUCUGCCAAAGCUGCUUCAAGGAAGCUACAUUUGCCCAACAUGGUGGUGGCAAAGGGUUCUGCCAUGACUGCCUUAAGCUUGCAUUACUCGGAGAGGAAGGAGUGGAUAUUGACUCAGACGGGGAAAAGGUAGAUUUCAAAGACCGGGAAACAUAUGAAGGCCUUUUUAAGGAAUACUGGGAUAUAAUUAAGGAAAAAGAAGGGUUGACCUUAGAAGAUCUACACAAUGCAGACAUCCAAAUCAAAAAGGGAGAAGACUACAAGUCCCUUCCCCGUAAGUCACAACAGUUUCAGCAGGCACACUCUGACUCAGAUGAAUCUGUCAAGGAAGAGGAAAAUAAAGAAUUGCCAUCUGAUGAUCAUGAAAGUGAUGAUCAGCCUGUACAGCCAAUUGUAGUUCGUGAUAAAAAGAAGCCCAAAAAGUUGGCCAAAAAGCGCAAAGGUCCUAAAAAAAUUGAGUUUGUAGGUUGGGCUUCCAAAUCCCUUAUAGGGUUCCUGGCAUCUAUAGGAGUAGAUACAAAUAAGAAGCUAACUCAGGAUGAUGUGGCUUCACUAAUCAAUAAGUAUGUCCAUGAAAAUAAGCUUCUUCAUCCAGAGAAGAAGAAGUUAGUUCUUUGUGAUGUUCGCCUGCGAAAUGUAUUGGGAAGAAGGUCAGUUAGUGUAUACAAAAUAAACGAUCUUUUAGAAGCGCACUUUCCCGAAAACCUAGAGCAGUCAGAAGAUGAAGGAUACAGUUCAGGAUAUGAGGAGAAAAAGGCUUCUGUGCCUGAAAAGAAGCAGGCUUGGUGGAGAAAUGUUGGAUCCUUUCAGCAUAAAGGAUCACUUCUGGAAAAAUAUAAGAAAGAUGACAUUCUAGAUGAGCCUAAUAAAGUAGAGGUGGUCCCUGAUGAAUAUAUCUAUAGUAGUUUUGCAACCAUAAUUCCAAAAAACAUGAAACUCAUUUACCUGAAGAAGUGUUUAGUGGAAAAACUGUUGGAGCAGCGUGAAUCUUUUGAGGGAAAAGUGGUGGGGAGCUUUGUGAAAGUCAAGUCGGAUCCAUUUGAUGCCAAACUUCCAUAUCAACUCCUUCCAGUAAUAGGUGUCCAGAAUUCUGGUUGUGAGAACAACGGAAAGGUUCUACUUCAAGUAUCUAAUCUACCUAAUGAUAUCCGCAUUAGCUUGCUGUCAAAUGAUGAUAUAUCUGAGGAAGAUUGUCAAGAGUUACGCCAGAAAGUGGACAAGGGACUUCUUCCAAAGCCUACUGUUGUAGAGCUUGAGAAGAAAGCAAAAGAUCUCCAUGUAGAUAUUACAAAACAUUGGAUCACCAGAGAACUGUCUAUUCUACGGAAUCGCAUUGAUUUAGCAAAUGAAAAGGGACGAAGAGCUGAAUUAUAUGACUAUCGGAAAAGGAGAGACCUACUUCAGUCCGAGGAAGAGCAGUCACGCUUACUAAAUGAGGUCCCUAAAGUAGAUGCAGAAGUGAUCAGUGUCAAGUCUGCUUCUGACGAGACUCUGCAUAAUGAUAAUUCUGAAAAUAUAAGUACUCCUGUAAAUUCUGGUGAAAAAGCUGAAGGCAAUGGAAAUAUUCCUGCGUGAUUGGUAAUCCAUGACCCCAGAUGCUAUAAAUAAUGCUGAAUUCUGCCUGCCAGAUUAUGCUACAUGCCUGCAGACGAUCCCAGUGCAACAGUCUUAUCUUUCUCAACCAAAAGCUUGCAACUCUUUUUCGGUUGUGGAAACGUUUUCUGUAAAUACAGUUAAUUUUCAGCAAAGGCUGUAUUGUAUCUAGUUCGUGAUUUGUCUGUUGAUGAACAAGCUAAAACUUACUGUAGAAUAUAAGAUGAUUUCUGUGAUGUCAAACUCACAUUAGUGAACCUUGAAUUAGGUAUGAAGUAAUGAUAUGAGCUCAAUUCUUGACAGCUUCAUUUUACUUUUGA